AUGUGUAAAUUCCACGGUAUUGGUCGGUGCUGUGGCAAAAGGGGCAUUCGAGGGCAAGACUUCGGCUGUUUUCUUGGAACAGUGGUGGUGUAUAUCCUUUAUUGUAUUCUAACUUGCGUUGUCCUCGCUAGAGAGAGUCAACGUGUUCUUACCCCCUACGUUUCGUAUGGAGUUACAAUAGCUACAUGUAUUCUUUGUGUAACACUUUAUUUACUUGCUGGAAUCACAGAUCCAGGAUAUAUGCCUGUCUGUUCAAAUGAUAGGUUCAACGCGAGGUCUGAAGUGGGGAUCAUAAGCCCCUAUACAGUGGGAAAUUUGGCAGGAACCGCUGUUUAUUGUACUACUUGUAACAUAUUCAGGCCUCCAGGCACCUCCCAUUGUGAUGAUUGUGGCCACUGCAUAGUGUAUUUUGACCACCAUUGUCCGUGGGUUGGAACAGACGUAGGACUUCGUAAUUAUGGGUACUUUGUUUGCUCCAUGCUCGGAAUCCUGAUCUAUUGCGGUUGGGUUCUUACACAUGCAGUUGUUUGUUUCGUUGCUAUUGAACCAACAGUCCCCACUAUAGUGGUGUGUCUCCUCUGUGCUAUAGGAAGUCUCUUUGGGAUAUGUUUCAGCGUAGGAAUGGGCUGCGCAAACCUUCGCUUGAUACUAAAAGAUACCUCUACUCGAGCAUACAAGCGAGGACGGUCUAGUGCAACUGAGCAAGUAAAACAGAUGCAUACAGUGGAUGCUCCAGACAAUGAUUCACAAGAUGGCACAGAGCCAGCUAAUCUAUAUGACUCGAUGUCAGCGCAAGGUAAUAAGGACACUCUUGUGCUUUCUUCAUCGGAAGCAAAGUCAAAGAUGGAAUCGGAGAAUCUUCCUAGCUCCUAUGGAGUUUCCCAAAAUAGGGUCGUGGAGAUCCUCACAACUAUACAGAACACAUGGACGUACAAGCACAUCCGUCAUUUAGGGUGGCGGCGUGUCUUUUUAGGUAGAUAUAUGCCUCAACUUAUAGACCUGUCGGCCCAGGAAGCUGAGGAAAUUGCAUGGGUAUGGACAGUUGUGCUAUGCUCCAGUGACCCGCUUGUGUAG